UGACUCAUAAUCAUUGACAGGACAAGACACAAACACAACUAGUGCUCCAAAUAAAUAAAUACAAAAUUCAAGACUAGCAAAGUAAAAUACCAGGAAAAAAUAGUGUUAAGUUUAUAAACAUCCAAAAGUGUUAGUCUAAGUUAAGUGUUAAGUGUAAUUUAGUGUUACUCUCGAAAAAUCACCCUUCACCCGACGUACAACGUCAUGGUUUAACAAACAUAAUAACAUAAGUUAAAUUAUACGGGGAAGACAUACGCUUAAAUAAUAAUAAAAAUGGAAUCUCCCAAGAUUGUGUACAAAUACUAUUCGAACCCAGCGUUUUGCUCGCAAAGCGAAGUGGUAUUCCAGAAGCAAUGUGUAUCGAAAGUCCUUACGCCGGAUCGAAAGAGAAUACCGCCUCUCGGAGCGAAUUCGCCUCGCAAAAUGGACCUCGCAAACAGAAUCUUAAGGACUGAUAUAUCAGACAAUCCCUUGAGGAUAUCACCAGCUGGUAGGAUGAGGGACGAGCCCCCAGAGCUCCCUCCAAAGCCAGCGAAGUAUUUGAACAGAAGCUUCCAAAGACAAUCGUCUUUAGUGUACAAAACAGCAAGGACUUCAAUCCGCAGUAGGACUAGGAGCGAAGACUUGGAAAUGGCACAAUUGAAGCAGCAAAGACAAUCAAAAUACGAAUCGAGAAACGCAGAAAGCGACGACGGCUUAGAGGACAGCAGACUCAAACACAGAUACGAGGUAAUUAGAGACGAUUUGGACGACCUAAUGGAUUAUUCUCCUACAAAAAAGAGAAUCAUACACAAGAAAGCUGAGGACAUAGAAGAAUACAACGUUGACGGACCAGAUGACAAUGAAAUGAAAGAGAUACCCGCUGAAAUAGUGAAGACUGUAAACGGAAAGACUUUGAGGUACGCGAUAGUGCCGUCUGAGGACGAAGAGCCGGUCAAAAGAGUGAAUGUUACGUUCACUUCUCCAGCUAUGUCAAGGAAGAACCUUAUUGCCACGCAGAAACUUCACGAGCUUCUAUCAACGCCCAGGAAAUUGAAAAGUUACGCUAGCCAGCCUUCUGUGCACAUCACUCCAAAUAAAUCUAUUGAAACUCCUCACAGAUACGUCACGCCAAGGAAGAUGGUUUCCAGUACACCUACUAAAGGUGUGACACCUUCCAAGUCUUGUGCUAACCUCACCAUAUCAAGAGGAAGUGUCACAACGUCUCCAAUAUCACCUAAAGCUCAACAGAAGUUGAAUUACGGUAUACCCGAGUUUGAACGGCAAGAUGUUUUCGUGACCAGUUUCAGGGAAAAGAGUAGGGAUAGAAGCUUCGAUAUGGAUAGGAGAGAAGCUAGCAGGGAAAGCAGGAGAGAGUAUGACAGGAGAGGGAGAGAGCUAAAGGAUAAAACAACUGCUGUCAUAAUGCCAAGAGUGGCGCCCCCUCCCGAGCCUUCAGAGUACUCGGAGACGACUUACAAGUCUUUCACAACCCUCAAACCUAACAGUGCGGCACCGCUAACUAUAGCUGCUUUGAUGCUGACCCUCUGCGGAGCCCUGACGACAGGCCUUAGUUUCAACAUGAUGUACACUCUCGGGAGACGGUAUUAUUUAGACUUCGGUGUCUUGGCUGGUUUCACGUGCUUCCUGCUCGGUCUCCUGGGCUUCAGAUCUAGAAGACAGCAUCUUCUCCCUAACAGGAAUUACGUCUCCGGUUACAUAGUCCUAUCUUCCUUCUCUCUUCUCAGCGCCUUCGGUCUCCUACUCCUCCUGACCGUCCAACCACUACCAGGCACCGCACUCAACGACAUAACCUCUGGUGCAGUCUGCGCAGUCAGCGUACUCUGUCUUGGAUUGGCAACACUGGGGGUAUUAGCUUCGUACUGCUGCGCCAGAGACCCGCCUGACAACAGAGUCGGUACUGCCACUUGGUACUAAAGAUACGGAAUAUCCGGCUGGAAGGACCAAAAGCGCUGAUUCAAUAGGGGUGAUGACGGGGUACAGUAAACGAAAUUCUAUUAAGUCCGUCAGUUAGAUGAUCAAAAAAUAAUUGACACGUAUUUUUUCUUUGGGCAAUCAACC